CGUUUUGCUUUUGCUAGCAGUGAGUACAGCUGGCAUCUUGUGGUCACAGCAAAGCCAGCAAGAGAUGGCUGAAGAUGCUAAGGGCAUGUCAUGUCCUGACGAGAUGUAUGUGCCUGACCUCCUUCCAGCCGAAGAGGAACCACUGGAAAAGGAGAGCGCGUUGGCUUACUUUAUGAUUGGUUCUUUGAUGUAGAAGAUGUUGAUGUAGGUGUGAACAAUAGAAUUUAAUGAGGAAUUUCAUCAAGAACAAUAGAAUUUCAAGUUCUUGAUGAGGGGAACACUUCAACUUCAACGUACCGAUGUCGUGACAGGGAGUUUCGCUCGUCUAUGCACCACCUACCUCCACGCGCAUAAUUAACACAGGGCGUUUUGCGAACUAUCCGGAACUUCUUCUGAAGGUCAACGUGAUGGACAAGUAGAGCAUAAGAUCGCUUACCACUUGGGUUUACAACUUGAAAUAUAUACUUCUUCUAAUUCCAUAUCCCGUCUGCCACACGGAACUAAAUUGGAGAACCAUUUUACGGACUGUCAGUGUGCUCAAAUUGGUCUCGCAAACUUGCAAGAUGGAGACUUGAAAAAGGCGUGCGCGGAUUUCGUUUAUGAACAAAAUAUCGCGCUGGUAAUCACAGCGGCGAGUUCAGUCGUGGUCAUCGGACUCAACUUCGUGUUGAAGACGCUGCUAGUGGCGUUGGCGGCUUAUGAGCGACCACUGACUAUUUCUGGCUUGGAGCAGGCGAUUGCGAAGAAGGUAGAUGAAGAACCUAGUAUAUUUUUUCCAACAUAUUCUUCUAGUUCUACUCACAAUAAGCAAUUCCAGUUUCUACUCACAACAAGUCCAGUAAAGAACCAGAACUUGUUCUUGAAACACCAGCAUGAUCAUGAUUCUGAUUAUAUUUAUAUUUCUUCAUGUUUCUCAAACACCAACCUCUUGUCAGGCAUAUCAAUCAAUCAAGCACAUCAUAAUCAUCCACAAUUAAUAUGAUCACAAUCACAACAGGUCUUCGUCGCCUUAUUCCUGAACACGGCAGUGAUCGUUUUCAUCUUGAAUCUUGCAUUCCAACCACCAAUGGACGAAUUCCUUCGCGGUCAUCAUGAAGAUUUCUCUCACUAUUGUUACGGGUAGUGGUUGAAGGUGUGCCUGUUGCCGUUCGUUUUGCCUUUCUCAAGGGGGAAAGGCAUAACGAACGGGGUAAGCGAGCACGAAAACCCUACCUGGCUCUAAUAUUGGUAUGCGACUGUCGGACUCGCCGUUUCGACCACCAUGGCAGUGAACGUCUUGAGUCCUCACGUGAUUUCAGUCGUCGUCGCGUGGGUGGGCCAGUUUAAAGCGUGCUUUUGCGGUUCUUGUUGCUUGAAUACGGAAGAUAGCUUGGUGACAGCGUACGACCCACCACCAUUUGAGCUGGCACCGCGAUGCGGGGCGUUGUUGAACACGAUAUUUUCGACGAUGUUUUUUGCAGCUGGCUGUCCAAUUCUGAUAUUUUUUGCGUUCUUCAACCAUGUUUUGUGCUACGUAUGUGACAAAUACGUGUUGUUGGCAUGCAGCAAGCGACCACCGGCAUAUGAUGCGGGAGUGAUCAAUAUUAUGGUCGUCAGAGCUGUGGUCUUAGUAGGCGUCCUGUACAUGAUGGUAACUGGAACUCUACGAGGUACAAGAUGCACUAUCUUCACUGUAGAUGAGUGACUUGGAAUGAUGUACUUGUCAAAGUCAGUAAGUUAUUCUAAGAACCUCGUUACUCUUUUGAGAAGAUAUUCAGUCCUUUGGUCUUCCAUGGUCCACCUCAUUAUUCUAAGAACCUCGUGGUUACAGUCAGUGUCAGGGUAGUCGUAGUACUUCUACAUCUACUUCGAACCCUCGUCCUACUGCUCUAAGCUGCGCACUCUAUCUUUCGUUCCGAUUGCCAUGUUGUUGCAUGCAUUGGCAGGAAUCUGGAUGUUCGGGAAUGAUGCAGUGUUCCCAAGCGACGAUUUCCUAGACUGGGACUUGGAUACCACUGGAGUACCCCAGGUCCUUGUGCCUCUAGUGUUAAGGCUUGACUACUAGUUCUAGUAGUUCUAGUGCUAGUUUAUCUUGACGUUGAGAUGAAGCAUCCUGUUAUCCUUGACGUUGACCCUAUCCAAAGAAUUAGCCCACUCGUUGGAGCCGACGCAGAUCUUGUGGCACAGUAACGAAUGAAUGAAUGAAUGAAUGAAUGAAUGACGUUGAGAUGAAGCAUCCUUGGCGUUGACCCCAUUGAUUGCUUUGAUCCCAGACCGACAGCUGUUCUUGUAGAAUAAACACUUCAAAUAAUAAGCUGACCUUCGAGGCGAAUGAUCUGGGUAAGCUCUAAUAGUAACCGCAGCAAAGCGAGCUUUCGUAGCCGCGGGUUUUCCCUACUUCUUGCUGCUUUUGGCGAUUGGAGCUUAUCUAGGUUUUCAGAUAUUAAAGUUUACGUUAGGAAAUGCCUUCGCGCCAGCGGAGCAGGCAUUAGCGGUCGUGCAGAAGACGAUCACUGACGCGUUUGCAGCAAGGAGAAUGAGCAAAAUAACUUAGGGAUUUCCACAUUGCAUCAUCCACCAACAUCCCUGGUCCCUUAUUCAGUAGGAACAAAGAGGCCACCAGGGAUAUUCUGAAGAAUGCAACAGGAACAGCUUUUAAAUAACGCGAACGACGCAACGCACACUCCGAGACGGAGACCUGUCGAAGGAGAGCGGAGCAACUAUUAGGCAUACUAAGCAGGAGAGCGCGGCUCCGGAGCCGGACAACAGUGAACGACCAUCUUCAAGUAUACCAUGGGACACAGAUCUUGAUGAGGAGCUCCCGAAACUCCAAAUCACUGCCAAACAAGAAGAAGAGGGAACGGCAGAUGCUACGGUCAUCAACGUUAAGGCUACCGCCAAAGCAUCCUCAGCGUCAUCCCCGGGGCUUUCUCUAAGUACUUGAAAAUGGAGCCAGCGACGCUCUUCUAUUAGUAAGGGAUGCGACCGCAGUAGCUCUAACAACAAAGACGAUACAAGCGGAAAGCUCAACGAGAGUCCUACGUGGAUGGCAGCGAAAGAGAUUUGGAAAACUAGUGGCAUGUUAAGGCUACCUUGAAGAUUUACAUUUAGUUUGUGAGUACUUAUCUAUUCGUAGAUUGCCUCAGGUUUAGGCACUUUAAUCAAACCUCCUCGUUGUGAUCGAAGAUGAUGUGUUUCUUCCUCUAAUCCUCGUCGGCAGUUACAAUAUCCACGACAACGAGAAAUACAAUCUGCGGCAAGCGGCCGAAAUCGAUUGGAGGCAUUUCGCCAUGACAGGAGAAGUUUGCCGAAAACAGAAAAAAGAAGCUAAUGCUAAUGCGAAAGAGGAACUAAGCAGUAAGGAAGAUGUAGCAAGCUCUAGAGCUACGGCAAGAGAGGAGGUGGCAUCUAAGCAGGGGGACCAUGUCGUGGAUGGCGGAAGUACAACUGAUGUAGUAGAUGAGAAGAUUUUGCUUCGUAAAGAACGGCCAGUAAGGGUCGACCAUGAUGAAGUACAUGGCCAUGAUGACCAUGCAGCUUUUGAAAAGGAGACCACGGGGUUGAAGAUAACAGCCUCCAAGAGCGAUGGCGGAUCAUCUUCUAUUGGCAUCACAAUGUGCGCGGUAGACCUGGGAAAUAUGUCAGCACACUCGGAUGAAGAUCACCAUGAUGAAGUGUGAGAAGGUGAGGACGAGAUCCGAGGGACUCAUGCAGCAAGAGAAAGAUUACAACUGCUUUGAGAAAGAUUACGACUCACGCAUUUGAGAAGAUUACAAUUGCUGGUGCAGCAUUCGCAGGCGCAGCUGCAACACACUCAUGAUAAGCACUUGGUUUGAUGUAGUAUUUAGAUUAAAUUUUGAUAGCAAAUGCAAAACAUAACCUCCGAAGGAAAACUUACACAUGAAUUUACCGUACGCAAGGAACAACGUCAAAACAAUUUGAAUCUACUCGUUUUUACGUCGUUCUAUUUAAAAUGAACAACUGCAAUUUUCUGCUGAUUAUACCAUAGUAUUGAAAGAACUUGAACUACUUGAAGUAGACCUUCCGUACGUCCGCUGGAGACGUAGUAAACCUUUCGCUUUACAGAACCUCUUCUGCAACAGCAAUGAACCAGAAAUCACUACACAUGCAUAGUUCGGCUUCUUUUGAUCCGAAAGUGUGAGAUGCAAAUCGUACAACAGGAGGAGCAUGUUACUUGUUUCCAU